AUGGGUCAGCCCAGUUCACUAAGCGCCAUGGAGGGCAUGACUGCCGCCACAGAGGCAUACAUCCAUGAUGAGACCAUCACGAUCACCCUCGACGACUGUCCCAAAACCUUCAUGGUUUCUAAAGCUUUGCUUUGCAGUACAUCCACUUAUUUCACCAAGGCUCUCGAUGGGGGCUUCGCAGAAGCAAAGACUCGGACACUGAAGCUACCAGGCUGCGAUCCGGCCACCUUCGAGUUGUUCAUCUACUUCUUCACCACCAAAAGAUUUCCGGACUUUGUGGGACCUAACCAGGGCAAGGACCUUGAUAAUGCAUCGGUAGCGGCAAUUCAAGCCCGCCUCGUACGCGCAUGGGUAUUCGGAGAUUACAUGAGAAUGMCGCUUUUCCAGAAUCAAGCCAUGAAUUGUCUGCUCGACUUUCUUGGUGUCUCCAGGAUCCAUGUCGCAACCGUGGAGAUGGUCUUUGAAAAUGCGCCAACGGAUUCGGUCUUGCGACAAGUUGCGGUCUCAGAAUGUGUGUGGCGGAGGGCUUUUCACACAGGCUUUUCCAGCUCUUCAAUGAGGAGGCUGGCCAAGUUGUUGGACUUUCUGUACGAGUUCGCGGAUGCUAUGGAGGACCAGUAUAAGCUGGAGUUGGACUGGGACCAGUAUCCUCACAGUCAAGAAGACCGUAGCGAGUACAUGGUGGCGCAAGAAGGCUCCGCGGGGAAAUCGUAA